AUGUCGUCUCAGUGGGCAGAUCAGCCGUAUUCCCUGAUUUCUACUGAUCCAUUCUCAAAAGAUUCCUCCCAUGCGGCAUACUAUGUUGCAACGCAGAUGGCACUUGCCCACAAUGGCAUUCUCCGAGGGCUGAACUCCAUUUACCUCCAAGCGACGCACAUACCGCGCGAAGAUCUGGACGCAAUUCGAGACUUCCUGACAUAUUGCCAAUGCUGGGGUGAAUCCAUGCACCACCACCACGAUGCCGAAGAAGAGUAUUUCUUCCCGAGUAUAGAGUUGAUAUCAGGUGUUUCAGGAAUCAUGGAACGCAAUAUAGAGCAACACCGAGCAUUCACGCCGGGAUUCGAUCAGUUUCAGGAGUAUUCUCGGACUUGUCUUCCCGAACACUAUGACGGACGGAAAAUCAAGAGCCUCAUCGAAGCUUUUGCGGAGCCAUUGACUCGACAUCUGCAUGACGAGAUUGAAACUCUGCGAGCUCUCGACGUGUACGACAGCGGGCGCAUACGGCAAGCUUAUAAGCAAUUCGAGAAAACCCUAAUGGCCACAGACAAUGUUAGACAGCCUUUGACGGUUCAUGAACGUGGUUCUGACUCCUUCUUAGUAUCGAAUCGCGCCCCUCGUGUUUGGAACCGCAGACAGGGCAUUCGAAGGCGGUAUGCAUGA